AGUCACACUGUUUUUUUAAGUAAGCUUACUCUUCCUAUAUCUGUAGUGAUAUUGAUACGAUUUUAAACAGGAAGUUUGAAGGUCUAAGCAUCUCAUCAAAAGUCUUCCAAGCCCUAUGUUACCCUUUGCUCAGGGCUGAGAACUCCUCUGCCACAGGCGGGCAGCUCUGGGCUGCCUGGGGAAGAAACAGCCUGCAGAAGCCUCUGGGCCUGGGACCAUCUACUGCUUCUGUUUCCAGCGGGAGCCCCAGUGUGGAAACCUGAAAAGAUGGCGCUAGAACUCCUGGAACGCUUUCCUCUCCUCCUAUUGCUGCUGGGACUAUGGGGGCCAGUGUGUCCACUUUAUGCUUUGCCUCCGAAUCUCACCAAGGUUCAGUGGUUUAAUAUUCAGCAUAUACAUUCAGGCCCUCUCCAAUGCUUUCAUGCAAUGAAGCGUGUCAAUAUACAUAUUCGGCGCUGUAAGUCUCUAAACACCUUUCUGCACGACUCCUUCCAGAAUGUGGCUGCUGCCUGCAUGUUGCCCACGACACGCUGCAAGAAUCGCUGGAACAAUUGCCACCAGAGCUCAAAGCCUGUUACCAUGACUACCUGCAAUCACACUGGAGGGACUUAUCCUGACUGCCAGUACAGUGAUGAUGCCCAGUACAAGUUCUUUGUCAUUGCCUGUGACCCCCUUCCAAGACCAGGCCCUCCCUAUCAUUUUGUUCCUGUACACUUAGAUAAGAUUAUUUAAAGUUAUCACUUUUCCUCUCACUUGGUACAGGUUCUCUUAUGAGCUCUUUUGCUCCCCCCCCCUUUUUUUUGUGUUUGUUUUCCUGGUUCCUACAGAAAAAUAAAGGAAGCUAUUGGGAGAAUUAGAGGGUCAAGGACACCGGACCCGAUUGGGACAAAUAGAAAUAACAUUCCUUUCUGCUUUGGAGCUCUGUGUGUUUCAAAGGAAGGCAAUAAGGAAGAGGGCAAAGAAGGGUCCAGACCUCCGUAUUUCUAACUUGGAACUUCAGCGAAGCUUUGUUGCACUGCAUUAACAGCAAUAAAACCACUUUCUGCUGCAUUUUAAUGUGUUUGAGAACCCGUUUGUUACCAGAAGAGGACUGGUACCAAGGCUGGUCUGCCCUGGCACGGUUAGGAAAUGAAAUGGGCUCCUCUGUGGUGUCAUGGGAAAAGGACUUCCGGCACACUCACGUAGAAGGAGUUUAGUGAUAGAGGCAAGAUUUAUUAGAGUGAGUGACAAGCGACAGUACACUCUGAG